AAAUUUUUGAACAGUUGGCAUCACUGUCAAACACAUAAAAUUCAGUUAUAGUAUAUUAUCUAUGCUAUUUGUACGCAGUUACUAAUUUAUUAAUCUGUGAUUCAGUUGUGAAAGGAUUGUGAGUAGGGAAUGAUGUAUUUUUUUAGAAUAAAUUAAAAUUUAAAAUCUCCAAUAAAGUGCUUAAUAUUUAUCAAGAAAUUAGAAUAAGAGUGGUAUGAGUCUCACAAAUAUUUUGUGAUUAUUUAUUCAUUUAGCACUAAAAGCGAUUAAAGAAAAGUGAAUAAAUAAUGACCCUAACAAUGACCAAAAAAGUUAGUGAGUGCCAAACAGAAACAGUGCAAUUUAUGUCUAUUGAAAAAGUUGAAGAUGAUUGUUGUCCAGAGUUCUGUCAGAGGAAUACACUGCUCCGACGAGGCAAAAAAUUGGAAGACAACAAUAACCUGACGAAAGAAGAUGAAGAGUAUAUGAACUACAGAGAACUUCUAAAAUAUGAACAGGCACCUGUGUAUUUACAGCAUAAUCCAUUCAUAAGGGAUGGAUACAGAAAAAUGUUACCAACUAAACUUUGUUGGGAAAGCGUGUUCUGGUGGACAAACGAAACAAUGAAUAUAUGGACGCACAUAUUCGGUUUCUUUUUGUUAUUCUUCCUGACGAUUAACGAUUUAGUUAUCAUAAACAUACACGCCACGGUCACCGACAAGAUUGUUGCCGGGGUAUUGUUCUCGUGUUUCAUGAUAUGCAUGGCCCUAUCGGCUCUGUACCACACGUUUUCCUGUCGGUCCGAGAACGAUUACAACACGUUUUUGAUGUACGACUUAUUCGGGAUCGCGCUUUCGUUGCUCGCCAUAUACACAUCGGGCGUUUAUUACGCUUUCUGGUGUCAUUACGAACUAAGAGCGUUCUACAUGACUUCAGUAACAUUGAUCUUCAUUAUAGCGAUGGCCCUUCAAAUGCCACGUUUCAAUGUUCCUUAUUUAGUCAAAAUGUGCGUUUUCAUCGGGUGGGCGGCGUACGGAGUCCUACCGACCCUCCAUUGGACCUACGCAAUGGGAGGCUUCGACAACCCUAUGGUUCAGAUGUUCUUCCCCCGUGUGAUAGGAAUGUACAUUAUCAGUGGGACCGCUUUCGCAAUUUACGCCUUCAAGAUUCCAGAGCGCUGGUUUCCUGGCAAGGUGGAUUACAUAGGUCACUCGCAUCAGUGGUGGCACGUGCUAGUGCUGGGCGCUCUGUAUUACUGGCACAACUCCGGCAUGAUGUACGUCCAAUACAGAAUGAACCACGGCUGUGCUAACACAAUGAGAAUAUUUUAAAUUAGCUAAGAUAAUGUUAGUAAAUAAAAAUAUCUGUAUUAAGCUAGCUACCUGAAGUGCUCUUAAAAUUAUGUAUUUUCAAUGUCUCAAGAAUCAACGGGUUUUGUUGAUUCGAAAAAAAAAUACAAGGUAAUUUGUAAUGUAAUUAAAACUACUUUACGUUUUAACCUCACGCUCAUUGUUUCCAUUUCGAACACUUUAUAGCUAACCUGGUCACGGACGACUCAAAUAUAUUAUACAAUAAGAUUUAGAAACGACUAAGGAGUUAUUUUAUUUGUCUACAUUUGAAUAACAUGAAAACUACCGUCAAAUAAAUAAAAAAUGUAUAAUAUUGUUACCCAAUAUUAAGUCUAUUAAAGUAGUUUUAAUUAUAUUAUGUACAAACUUUCCAAAACCGAAGAAACUGCUGAAAUAUAAUAGUUAAAUGUAUUUUCGUAAGGCAGCUAAUAUUUUAACAUGUGGAUGUCUCAAACAAUUCACCAAAUAAAAUUUAUUUAUUAUACUUAAAUGUACAUGUGGUCCUAACGGAAAAGUACUUAAAUAGAAAUGAAUUUGCCUCAAUAUAAUUAUUAUGAUAAUUAUUAUUGAAUGUUACCGUAUAGAAGUUUUUUCUUAGACUAAAUUUUGCUCAAGAAAUGAUACUUUUAUAACAAAAAAAGAUCAUUGAACUAUGACUGUGAUUAUGUGUUUCUCGUCUCAAUUUCUGUUUGUUUUUUUUGUUUUGUUUUUUGUUAAUUUAUUUAUGAUGCUGUUCAAAUAUGAAAUUUAUGAAUGUUUUGAAUUUUAUACGUUUAUACACUUGGUGGGGUAUGGUGAUAAUAAAGAAGUACGAAAUUAAGACACAA